UGUUGUCAUAGACUAAAGGGCUCAGAAAACAAAUAAGCGAGUUGGUUCAUUUUACUUGCAGGUGCUGAAUUUCUCCCCUGUGCCUGAGAUUGCCUAAACGGUGGUUUGUUGAAAAGAAGGGUAUUAGUCAACACUUUGUACUGGAGAAUCGGCAGCCAGAGGUCUGGCUGGGAAUCGGAGGCAGAGCCAAUUCCAUUAGGAAAAGAAAAUGCUCCAAAGAGCGUGUGUUCCGGAUUUGAAAACAGACCUGGAGCUGCGUCAGCUGAUCGUCUUUCAAACCACCGAUGAGAGUUCGAUUUACAAGCCAUGAACCCUCCAAGAAAUGAGUCUCCUGGGCAUGCUGUGGGGUCUUAAAUAAGGGGAGCGCUAAAACAGCGAGACAGAGGAUACAUUUAACCCAUUGGAAUAGAUACCAUCCAAGUCUCCAACUGAAGGAAAAACUUAAAGUGGAAUUUUUAUUUUUUUACAGUAUCGAUGUUUAGUUUUUUUUUUAAACAUUUUUUUUAAACAUCAUACAAGUGUGGGUGUAAGGAACAAGCUCUGUAUUCCACUAUUAAAUUUUACUUUUUAUUUUUUUCACUUUUCAUUUAAGAAAGGCUUUGGAUAUAGACAACCAGGUAUCCAGCAGAUUGCAGCAAUAAGGUGGCUUUAUGUCCGGCUUCAGUGCCCAGAGUUUCAGUAAAGCAGGGCACUGGCAGCCAGGUAGAGAAUGGCUAAGCUACUGCUCAAACUACAGCGCUACUUCCGAAGGAAGCCUGUGCGGUUCUUUUCCUUCAUCAUCUUGUACCUGACUGCUGGGAGUCUUGCAUUCCUGCAUUCCAGUUUCACUGGGGGAUCUACGGAGACCAGUAAGGAACCAGUAGCUAUUGAAACUAUAAAUGGAGCCGUGGACACUCAGAACCCGGGCCUGAUCGGGAGGGUCUUCAAGGAAACCGCCAAACCGUCGAGGCGCUAUGGGCCGCCUUGGUUGAAACCCGCCUCCAAGGAUUCGUCAGAAAGGGGAAGAGCUGGCAGCUGGAGCCGUGCUCUCAAAGGAAGGAGCACCAGGGACCAGGAAGAAGGCAGGGCCAAAUACAUCGGCUGUUACACUGACAACACCCAGCAGAGAGCUCUGAGAGGAGCGUCCUUUUUCGACUACAAAAAGAUGACUGUGUUCCGUUGCCAAGACAACUGUGCAGAAAGGGGCUAUAUGUAUGCGGGUCUGGAAUUUGGAGCGGAGUGUUACUGCGGACACAAGAUCCAAGCCCCCAACGCCAGCGAGUCGGACUGCAACAUGGACUGCAAGGGGGAAAAAAAUAAUAUCUGUGGAGGGGCAAACCGGCUCACCAUCUUCAGACUGGAGCUGAGCCAGGAGUCAGCCAGGCGAUAUGGGAGUGCAAUCUUCAAAGGCUGUUUUAGAAAACCAGACAAUGUCUCCUUCGCACUGCCAGUCAGUGCCCUAAUACCGAACAUGACUGUGGACAAGUGUGUGGAUUUCUGCACAGAAAAGGAGUACUCGCUGGCAGUUCUCGCCGGUCAAACCUGCUACUGCGGCUUCCCGACGCUUCGCUUCCCCCUCCACGAGCGCGAGGACGAGCAGCUCUGCUCACAGCGCUGCAGUGGAGAGGAGUUUGAGAGCUGUGGCAACGAGAACUACUUUGUGGUGUAUCAGACACAGGUGCAAGAUAACCGCUGCAUGGACAGACGUUUCCUGCCCUCUCACUCCAAGCAGCUCAUUGCUCUGGCCAGCUUCCCUGGGGCUGGUAACACAUGGGCUCGGCACCUCAUUGAGCUGGCCACGGGCUAUUACACGGGGAGCUAUUACUUCGACGGCUCCCUCUACAAUAAAGGUUUUAAAGGAGAGAGGGAUCACUGGAGGAGUGGGAGGACAAUCUGCAUUAAAACUCAUGAAAGCGGGAGGAAGGAGAUUGAGUCCUACGACUCGGGGAUUCUGAUGAUCCGUAACCCCUACAAAGCGCUGAUGGCAGAGUUCAAUAGGAAGUACGGGGGUCAUAUCGGGUUCGCUUCUCAAGCUCACUGGAAAGGGAAGGAGUGGCCCGAAUUUGUGAAAAACUAUGCGCCAUGGUGGGUGUCUCACACUUUGGACUGGCUGAAGCAUGGGAAGAAUGUGAAAGUCAUCCACUUUGAGGACCUCAAGCACCACCUCUUCAGCCAGAUGAAAAAGAUGGUCUCCUACCUGGGCCUCGAGGUGUCCGAGGACAGGCUGCUGUGUGUCGAAGGGCAGAAGGACGGCAACUUCAAGCGCUCUGGACUUCGCAAGCUGGAUUAUGACCCUUACACCCCCGAGAUGAGGAGGAUGAUAGACGGCUUCAUCAAGAAGGUGGAUGAGGCUUUGAAGAUGAAGAACCAGACUGGUGUCCCAGAGGACUAUGUCCCGAGAUGAUGGCGCCCCUCUCAAAACUCUUUGGUUUUUAUAUAUUUUUAAAAAGUAAUUAUGGCUGAUUUCUUUCAGCCAACUUGUUUUCUUUCACUUUCAGUGGGUGGAAAAUAGCAAAGAUAUAAAUAUAUAAAUACAUUUGUGCUGCUAUUGGCUCAUGUCAAAUUGAACAGGAUCACCACACACUGAAGCUAUAUACUACUGUGAGGGGAGUAAAAAAAGCACUACUGUCUUGGGUUAAAAACAAUUAAAGUGUUUGUUAAGAAACACAUCCUCCUCAUGUUAUUCUCCACAGGAAUAUUACCUUCUCUUGUGCAGUUCAGUAAGGCCAGGCAAAAUAAACUCUAAUAAAAGCAUAAAUACUCCCCCUUUCCAGUUACAGGCUCUACUAUUCUCCUCGUUCCAUCCUGUUUUUGUGAUCUUGCAUCCCAAAUUCGGUAUUGUUUGACAUUCAGGUUUCAGCUUUGUGCACAUACCAAUAACAAUAACAAUAUUAAUACCGUAAUGUUAGAACUAGAAGGGGUUCCAUUGUCUGCUGUUAGGACAUCUUCACCACGUAUGCAACUAUACGACGCAUUUAAUCAUUGUUUGCAUAAAAAGGGAUUCAGAACUUCUAUUCAGGGUAAGAGAUGCUAAUCCCUGGUAACAAUACUGUAUUCCUAAAAACACACAAAAGACAAGAGGAAAAGGGUUAGGCAGGUGGAUGUGAAGAACUGGAGAGAAAUUUUGCCUUGCCUCACGUAAUACAAACAAUUUUUCUUUUGUUUUAAAUUAAGUUCAUUUCAUUGAUUUUUAUGUUCUAUAGACCAAUCUCCCCUAGCAUCUGAUAGAUCAAUUAGGAGCCCUGAUCGUCAGCCAUAUUGACUUGCACCUUGCAUGUUAAAUUGAUAUAUAUAUAUAUAUAUAUAUAUAUAUAUAUAUAUAUAUAUAUAUAUAU